UCCAGCAGCUGGGAAUGGGCUCGCUGGAUAUUUUUUGUUCUCUUCAUUAUUGCCCUGAUAGCGUUGUUGAUGACUGCUUUUAGAAUCAACAGACGCCGUGGACGUCAAGGGAUAGCACCGAUAAGAGGCACAGCGUGGAUGACACCACCUUCGUACUAUCAGGCCCAGAAUACAAGACAAGAUGCGUAUGUUCCACCUUAUACAGAACAGACCAAUGAUCAGGAUAUGGGUUACUACGACAACCAAGGAGUGUUCCAUAUGAAUGACAAGGUGAGACAGGCUCCCUCGUAUCAUUUGUCCACGCUGGUACCUGACGAGACCGGUGUAAGUGCACCACAGACAGCAGCUACGUUGACACGAGAUCCAAACAGCUCAUUUGAUCGUGAUUUCAAC